AUGGUUAGCAUUGACGAGAUAAUAGGAGAGAAGGAUCUUGUCCGUCUCUUUGAGACGAUUGUAAAAAAAGGAGAGACAGCACUUCCAAACAAGCAGCGCGUCAUAAGAAGAAUAAGGGAGUUUGGGCCUCUGUCUGUGGAGGAUCUUGAGGGUCUUUGGGACUCGGAUGUUCUGGCCGAGCUGGAGGGGUGCAGAAGAUGGUCCAUUCUAAAGAAGGUAAGGGGAGAUGGACGCUGA